GUGUCCGCGGCUCCCGCAGCGCAGGCCGGUGGGCGCCGGGCCCCACGGAGGGUCGGGGGGCGAGCGAGCGCGCCAGGAGGACGCGGAGCGCCGGGAGGAGCCUCGGGGGGUUUUCGUGCGUUUCGGAGCAGCCGGCCGACCCCAGCCCGGGCAGCGACAUGUCCAAGCCACCGCCCAAGCCGGUGAAGCCAGGGCAAGUUAAGGUGUUCAGAGCUCUGUACACAUUUGAACCCAGAACUCCAGAUGAAUUAUUCUUCGAAGAAGGUGAUAUUAUCUACAUUACUGACAUGAGUGAUACCAACUGGUGGAAAGGGACCUCCAAAGGCAGGACUGGAUUAAUCCCAAGCAACUAUGUGGCUGAGCAGGCAGAAUCUAUUGACAAUCCACUGCAUGAAGCUGCAAAAAGAGGCAAUUUGAGCUGGUUGAGAGAGUGUUUGGACAACCGAGUUGGGGUCAACGGCUUAGACAAAGCAGGGAGCACGGCCCUGUACUGGGCUAGUCACGGGGGUCACAAAGAUAUAGUGGAAAUGCUGUUGACUCAACCAAACAUUGAAUUGAACCAGCAGAAUAAGUUGGGAGACACGGCUUUGCAUGCAGCUGCCUGGAAGGGUUAUGCGGAUAUCGUCCAGUUGCUUCUGGAAAAAGGUGCUCGAACAGACUUAAGAAACAAUGAGAAGAAGCUGGCUCUGGACAUGGCCACUAACGCGGCCUGUGCGUCCCUCCUGAAGAAGAAGCAGGGAGCAGUCCUCUUUCUAUCCAGUGACCUUGCGGACAGAUGCAGUUCGAACAUUAAGCAAUGCAGAGGACUAUCUUGAUGAUGAAGACUCUGAUUAAUUCCCUGCCGGAGCGUGGAGAUCUCAAAAUUCUGUUGCUUUUGCCUUUCCAACCCUUGCCUUUGCGAGAAGAAAAGAGUGUUGGUAAAUUAAAAAAAAGUAUUCUAUAUGAGUGUGGCAGAAUUUCCCUGUGUUUGAGUGGAACCUGUAAAUUCAUUGUUCAUAGUUGCUACUUUCAAUUUACCUUGAAGUGCUGGUCACCCUUAGGUCAUGGUUACUUUGAAAACCACAGUACAUUUUUGUUCUCCGGCAUGGGACUAUAAGAGAUUUAUGUCUAUUUAUCGAGCUAAAGAAAUUUAAGGUUUUUCUUUAAAAAGAGGGUGUGGAUUUUUAGUUAAAAUUCUUUACCUCAAGAUGACCUAUUUUGAGUCGACUUUCUUUUUUUCCAAAGGGAGACAAGCUUGUUGUAAUAAUGAAUCAGAAGAAUUAACACAAAAUUGUCAGCUGUUUUGACAAAAAUAAACAUUUCCAGUGAUGGUCUUUUGCCAGCUUUUGCGUAUUCAUUUUUGUCACCCUUUGCUAAUAAAGAUUUUUGUUAUUUGUGUGUCGAUAAA